AGAGAGAGAGAGAGAGAGCGCUGGAACCGAGCACCAGCUCUCCUGCUCCCUCUCUGACUACACCCGAGAGGAGGAGCGUGAGGAGGCGACGUAGUGGGCGUCAGAAUCCUCAAUUUCCAACUUAGCAUCCUGGCAGGGCACUCCGCGGCGCAAAGCCCCGUCUGAGACGCGCAAAAAAAGAAAACUUUCUCGCUCAAAAACACGGCAUGAGAGAGGCGACAGGUCGAAGCUGCGAGGGUCCGACUCGAAAAGUCGACCAUCACUGAUCCACAACAACAACAAAAACAUCAACAAGAACAGUCCGGUUCGAGUUAACGGAGAGAAGUCAGAAGUCUAUGCAUUCGUCGCUCCUUCUGAUUUCCAGUGCGCGAAGGCGACGGACGCGCGCUCUGCUCAUCAGGGACUCUAUGCGCGAGCGAGGACAACUGUGUGUGUGAAAGUGGGGGGAAAAAAAAGAGGAUUACAAAGUGUACCGAUAAAGAAGCUCGUUCUCCGGCGCUUGGCCAUGGCGUACCCUCAGGGCUACUUGUAUCAACCGUCCGCCUCUUUGGCGCUCUACUCGUGCCCAGCGUACAGCACGAGCGUGAUCUCGGGCCCGCGCACCGAAGAGCUCGGUAGAUCGUCGUCAGGCUCUGCAUUCGCACCCUACGCCGGAUCCACGGCGUUCAGCAGCGCCUCAGCCGCCUACAGCUCGCAUCUGCCGUACGGAGCGGACGCUGCAGCCGCCGCAGCCACUUUCACCUCCUACGUGAGUUCCCCCUAUGAUCACACGUCAGGCAUGGCUGGCUCUAUCGGUUAUCACCCAUACGCAGCUCCACUGGGUUCAUACCCGUAUGGUGACCCUGCGUACCGUAAGAACGCGACCCGGGACGCCACCGCGACUCUGAAGGCCUGGCUCAACGAGCACCGCAAGAACCCGUAUCCUACCAAGGGCGAGAAGAUAAUGCUGGCCAUCAUCACCAAGAUGACCCUCACCCAGGUGUCCACCUGGUUCGCCAACGCCAGGAGGAGACUGAAGAAGGAGAACAAGAUGACCUGGACGCCGCGCAACAGGAGCGAGGACGAGGAGGAGGACGAGAACAUCGACCUGGAGAAAAACGACGACGACGAGCCUAACAAGCCUAUUGACAAGGGGGACUCGACAGAUACGGAGACAGAUCCCAAAAUUCUGCACGUGGGUGAGGCGCCAUGCGACAGAUUUCAAGACGACCAUCACGGCAAAGACUCGGACCCUCUGCUCAGCGACUCGGACCUGAAGGAGGUGGACGAGCGCGCGGACGCACUCGUGGACCCGUCAAAAGCCACCACGUCGUCUCCGUCUCUCGUGCAGCGGGCCCACGAGCUCGGCGUGCACGACAGGCCGCCGGAAGUGGCGCACGGCGCCUCCGCGGUCAAUCACAGCAACGCAACGUCCGUUAUCCAUUCUCCUCCGUCCGCGCCAAAGCCUAAACUGUGGUCUCUGGCGGAAAUAGCCACGUCUUCGGACAGGUGCAGAGGAGGAGGCGGCGGUGGCGGCGGCGGCGACGCAGGGGGCACAGCUCAGAACGCUCUACCGGCGGCCAGCGCCGCGUCUCCAAGCCGGACCUCGACGCAGUGCGCGCUCCCGAGCGGCGCCGUGCUCUCCCGGCCUCUCUACUACACGUCGCCGUUUUACGCGGGCUACACGAACUACGGCUCUUUCGGCCACCUGCACGGCAGCCACGGCUCCGUCACGAGCUCGGCAGCGACGCACUUCAACGGAAUAAGUCCGAGCGUUUUGAACCGAGCCGAGGCUCUUGCCCGAGAAAGCAAAGCAAGGAGCCAAGCGCAGGUAGACCUGUGCAAAGACUCCCCUUAUGAACUCAAGAAAGCCCUGGACUUCAGCCGCUGUUUUUCUAUGGUUUUCUCGAGGGACAGAUUACACUUGCCUCAUUCGGCCGUCUGACUGGCCGAGAGAAACCUACACUCUCAGAAAAAAGAAAAAAAAAAAAAAUAGUACUAAACUGUACCUUUCCUUGUCACUGGGGUGGUACACUCAAUCGAGGGUACUUGUUUUAUGUCUGUUUCACAUGGAAACAUGGAUGUAGUGUAUACCAUUACAAAUGAUUUAAGGUACAUAAAUGAAAUGGACCAUGAUUAAAGCUUUUCUCUAAAAACUGAAGGCACACUCACUAUAAGCAGCAUUCGAGGUAAUUCAUAGUAAAGGUACACAAGGUGUAAGUGUGAUUGUGGGUACCAACCCAGUGAGACUGAAAGGUACGGUUUACUCUCUCUACAACCGAGCAGAUCCACAGGAAUAUCACCUAAUAUUUAUAUAUUUAUUUCUUUUUAAAUAACUAAAGAACGAAGAGCAACCUUCUUUUAAAGAGAAUUACACUGAAUUGGGACAGGGUGUGUUCCACUAAAACAGCCUUUAUACCCUUUCACUCUUUUAUUAGCUUAUUUGUACAAAGUUAAAGUGAGAAAAAAACAAUAAUGAUGAACUAAAUGUUAGAUUGCUUUCUUUUUUUUUGUUUUGUUUUAUGAAAGACUAGAAUGUUUUUGUUUGUUUGUUUGUUUGUUUUUUAACAUUUAGGUGUGAAUUCCAGGAAAUGUUUCCACAGAUUCAUUGUGGAUCAUUCAAAUUAAAAUGACACACAAAUAAAUCUGUAAUUUGAUUACUGUAA